AUGCUGGUGCUGUUCGAAACCUCCGUCGGCUACGCCAUCUUUAAGGUUUUAAAUGAAAAGAAACUUCAAGAAGUUGAUAGUUUAUGGAAAGAAUUUGAAACUCCAGAGAAAGCAAACAAAAUAGUAAAGCUGAAACAUUUUGAGAAAUUUCAGGAUACAGCAGAGGCAUUGGCAGCAUUCACAGCUCUAAUGGAAGGCAAAAUCAAUAAGCAAUUGAAGAAAGUUCUGAAGAAAAUAGUUAAAGAAGCCCAUGAACCCUUGGCUGUGGCCGAUGCUAAACUAGGAGGGGUUAUAAAGGAAAAACUGAAUCUCAGUUGUAUCCACAGUCCUGUUGUUAAUGAACUUAUGAGAGGAAUCCGUUCACAGAUGGAUGGAUUAAUCCCUGGGGUAGAACCACGUGAAAUGACAGCUAUGUGUCUUGGGUUGGCACACAGCUUGUCCCGAUACAGAUUGAAAUUUAGUGCUGAUAAAGUGGACACCAUGAUUGUUCAGGCAAUUUCCCUGUUAGAUGACUUAGAUAAAGAACUAAACAACUAUAUUAUGCGGUGUAGAGAAUGGUAUGGCUGGCAUUUCCCUGAGUUAGGAAAAAUUAUUUCGGAUAAUUUGACAUACUGCAAGUGUUUACAGAAAGUUGGCGAUAGGAAGAAUUAUGCCUCAGCUCAACUUUCUGAGUUACUGCCAGAGGAGGUUGAAGCAGAAGUGAAAGCAGCUGCAGAGAUAUCCAUGGGAACCGAAGUUUCAGAAGAAGAUAUUUGCAACAUUCUGCACCUUUGCACUCAGGUGAUUGAAAUCUCUGAGUAUAGAACCCAACUUUAUGAAUAUCUGCAAAAUCGAAUGAUGGCCAUUGCACCCAAUGUUACAGUCAUGGUUGGGGAAUUAGUUGGAGCACGACUUAUUGCUCAUGCAGGUUCUCUUUUGAAUUUGGCCAAACAUGCAGCUUCUACAGUUCAGAUUCUUGGAGCAGAAAAGGCACUCUUCAGAGCCCUGAAGUCUAGACGAGAUACGCCUAAGUAUGGUCUCAUUUAUCAUGCUUCACUUGUAGGCCAGACGAGCCCCAAACACAAAGGAAAGAUUUCUCGGAUGCUGGCAGCCAAGACUGUCCUGGCUAUCCGGUACGACGCCUUUGGUGAAGAUUCCAGCUCUGCAAUGGGAGUCGAGAACAGAGCGAAACUAGAAGCCAGGUUGAGAGCGUUGGAAGAUAGAGGGAUAAGGAAAAUAAGUGGGACAGGAAAAGCAUUAGCAAAAGCAGAAAAAUAUGAACAUAAAAGUGAAGUGAAGACUUACGAUCCUUCUGGUGACUCCACACUACCAACCUGUUCUAAAAAACGCAAGAUUGAACAAGUAGACAAAGAGGAUGAAGUUAUUGAAAAGAAGGCCAAAAGGGCCAAGGUUAAAAUUAAAGUUGAAGAAGAAGUGGUAGAAGAUGUAGAAGACACAGAAGAAGAGGUAGUACAAGUUGUAGAAGAACAGGAAACAUCUGUGAAGAAGAAGAAGAAAAAGGACAAAAAGAAACACGUUAAGGAGGAACCACUUUCUGAAGAAGAGCCAUGCACCAGCACAGCAGUUGCUAGUCCAGAGAAAAAGAAGAAAAAGAAAAAAAAGAAAGUUAAUGAGGACUAA